UGUAUUUGGAUAACGUGGCCCAAUCUUCAAAUGCGUAGUGAUAUGAUAUCUAUGCAUGUAUGAAAAUCUCAACUCACUCUAUACACUACACAACCUUCAUGUGUAGGACAUUGAUUUCAAACACGGACAAGAAGAAAAAGGUCCUUCAUUAACAACUCUAAUUCCCAUUCUGUCCCUCCUCCGGUGACCGGAAAAAAUGGCAGUCUCUGCCAGUGGUCAGUUAAUGCUAUCCUCUACAGUUCAGCUACGUGAGCCAGGAAUGGUGAGCAGUAGGAACUUGAAGGUUGUGAAGUUUUGUAAUGGAGAAAUGAUGGGACGAAAGAUUGAGCUUCAUGCUGCUACCAAUGGUUGCACUAAGAAUGUUUAUAGGAAAAAUAUAUCCAUGUCUCUCACUGCUGAUGUGGCUAGCGAAUCCAAGUUGAAAAAUGCAGAUGUGGAAAAAAGGGAUCCAAGUACAGUUGUGGCGGUUAUACUUGGUGGAGGAGCUGGAACCCGUCUCUUCCCUUUAACUAAGCGACGAGCAAAGCCUGCUGUUCCAAUUGGAGGCGCUUAUAGGCUGAUUGAUGUGCCAAUGAGUAACUGCAUCAAUAGUGGGAUCAACAAAGUGUACAUUCUCACUCAGUUUAAUUCAGCCUCACUCAACAGACAUAUUGCACGUGCUUACAACUCCGGUACUGGAGUCACUUUCGGAGAUGGCUAUGUCGAGGUUCUUGCAGCAACUCAAACUCCAGGGGAGCAAGGUAAAAAGUGGUUUCAAGGCACUGCUGAUGCUGUACGGCAGUUCCACUGGCUCUUUGAGGAUCCCAGGAGCAAGGAUAUUGAGGAUGUUUUGAUUCUUUCUGGGGAUCACCUCUACCGUAUGGACUAUAUGGACUUUGUUAAAGAUCAUCGAGAGAGCGGUGCAGAUAUCACUCUUUCUUGUCUGCCAAUGGAUGACAGCCGCGCCUCAGAUUUUGGUCUAAUGAAGAUUGAUGAUAAAGGAAGGAUCCUUUCAUUUAGUGAAAAGCCUAAAGGAGCAGAGCUCAAAGCAAUGCAAGUGGAUACAACCGUUCUCGGUCUUUCAAAGGACGAAGCUCUAGAAAAACCAUACAUUGCUUCAAUGGGAGUGUACGUCUUCAAGAAAGAGAUACUUCUUAAUUUAUUAAGAUGGCGCUUUCCAACUGCAAAUGACUUUGGAUCAGAGGUCAUUCCUGCCUCAGCUAAAGAAUUUUACAUGAAGGCUUAUCUCUUCAACGAUUACUGGGAGGACAUAGGUACCAUCAGAUCAUUCUUUGAUGCAAAUCUAGCCCUCACUGAGCAUCCAUCCAAGUUUAGUUUUUAUGAUGCCGCAAAACCAAUGUACACAUCAAGAAGAAACUUACCACCAUCGAAGAUUGACAAUAGCAAGAUCGUUGAUUCAAUUAUAUCACAUGGAAGCUUCGUGAAUAAUGCCUUCAUAGAGCAUAGUGUGGUUGGAAUCAGAUCAAGAAUAAACUCAAAUGUUCAUUUAAAGGACACAAUGAUGCUUGGGGCUGAUUACUAUGAAACUGAGGCAGAAGUGGCAGCACAGUUAGCUGAGGGAAGAGUUCCAAUAGGAAUAGGAGAAAACACCAAAAUCAAAGACUGUAUUAUUGACAAAAAUGCUAGAAUUGGAAAGAAUGUUGUCAUAGCAAACUCAGAGGGAGUACAAGAGGCUGAUAGAUCAUCAGAAGGGUUUUACAUCCGUUCCGGCAUCACUGUUGUAUUGAAAAAUUCAACAAUUGAAGACGGGCUCGUCAUAUAACAAACUCACCCAUCAUUUGUUUGAACGAGUUUACCAUGGAUUAGAGGAUUUUUGUUUUUGUUUUUAUGAAUUGUAAAAAUAAAAAUAAAAACACAAUGGAUAUAAAUAGAUUGGCAUAUCAUCCAUCUUAUAUUCCAA